AUGCCAGGACCCUAUAGGCCCUCAUCCCUCCAUGCCCCCAUGCCCAGGCCCUCAGUGCCCUCCAUACUAAAUAGGCCCUCGGUACCCUCCCACCCCUAUGCCCAGGUCCUCCGUGCCCUCCACACCCUAUGCCAGGCCCUCAGUGCCCAUCCACACCCUAUGCCAGGUCCUCAGCCCUCCAUCACCCUAUGCCAGGCCCUCAGUGCCCUCCACCCCUAUGCCAAGUCCUCAGUGCCCUCCACACCCCUAUGCCAGUCCUCAGUACCCUCCACCCCCUAUACCAAGCCCUCAGUGCCCUCCACACCCCUAAACCAGGCCCUCAGUGCCCUCCACACCACCCUGAAAAGGCCCUCGGUGCCCUCCACGCCCCUAUGCCAAGCCCUCGGUACCCUCCACCCCCAUGCCAGAUCCUCCAGUGCCCUCCACACCCUAUGCCAAGCCCUCGGUGCCCUCCACACCCCUAAACCAAGCCCUCAGUGCCCUCCACACCCCUAUGCCAGGCCCUCGGUGCCCUCCACCCCCCUGCCAGGUCCUCAGUGCCCUCCACCCCCUAUACCAAGCCUUCAGUACCCUCCACCCCCUAAACCAGGCCCUCAGUGCCCUCCACCCCCUGUGCCCAGUCCUCAGUGCCAUCCACACCACCAUGAAAAGCCCUCAGCCCAUCAUCGUGCCUCCACGCCCUGUACCACCCCCCCUCCACCCCCUCAUGCCAGGUCCCGGUCCAUCCACGCCCCUAUUAGCCACGGUGCCAUCGGACCCUAUGCCAAGCCUUCGGUAUCCAUCUUGCCCCAUGCCAGGCCCUCAGUGCCCUGCGCCCUAAACCAGCCCUCAGUGCCCUCCACCCCUAUCCAGGUCCUCCGUGCCCUCCACACCCUAUGCCAGGCCCUCAGUGCCCUCCACCCCUAUACCAGACCCUCGGCACCCUCCACCCCCUAUGCCAGUCCUCAGUACCCUCCACACCCCUGUGCCAGGCCUUCGGUGCCCUCCACACCCCUGCCAGGUCCUCAGUGCCCUCCACCCCCUAUGCCAAGUCCUCAGUACCCUCCACACCCCUAUGCCAAGCCCUCACCCUCAGUGCCCUCCACCCCCUAUGCCAAGCCCUCAGUGCCCUCCACACCCCUAUGCCAAGCCCUCCGUGCCACUCCACACCCCAUGAAGUCCACCCUCCACACCCCUAUACCAAGCCCUCAGUACCCUCCACACCCUAAACCAGAGCCCUCAGUGCCCUCCACACCCUAUGCCCCUCAGUACCUCCACACACCCCUAUACCAGUCCUCAGUGCCCUCCACCCCUAUGCCAGGCUCUCAGUACCCUCCACACCCUAGUGCCAGAGUCCUCAGUACCCUCCACCCCCCAUGCCAGGCGCUCAGUGCCCUCCACCCUAAACCAAGUCCUCAGUGCCCUCCACACCCCCUAAACCAAGCCCUCAGUGCCCUCCACCCCCAUGCCAGGUCCUCAGUGCCCUCCAUGCCCCUAAGCCAGCCCUCAGUGCCCUCCACCCCAUGCCAGGUCCUCAGUGCCAAACCCUAUGCCAGGCCCUCAGUGCCCUCCCACCCCAUGAUACCAGUUCAGUGCCCUCCAGUUACCCAUCCACUCCAGUGCCCUCCACACCCCAUGCCAGGUCCUCAGUACCCUCCCACCCCCAUGCCAGCUCUCAGUGCCCUCCAUGCCAAACCAGGUCCUCAGUACCCUCCACCCCCUAUGCCAAGCCCUCAGUACCCUCCACACCCCCAUGAAAGCCCUCAGUGCCCUCCACACCCCAUGCCUCAGUGCCUCCACCCCUAUGCCAGGCCCUCAGUGCCCUCCACCCCCCAUGCCAAAGCCCUCAGUGCCCUCCACACCCUAUGCCAGGCCCUCAGUGCCCUCCACACCCCCAUGCCAGGCCUCAGUGCCCUCCACACCCCUAUGCCAGGCCCUCAGUUUGCCCUCCACCCCCCAUGCCAGAACCUCAGUGCCCUCCACCCCCUAUGCCAGGUAGCGGUGCCCUCCACCCCUAUGCCAGGCCCUCAGUGCCCUCCCGCACCCCUAUGCCAGGUCCUCAGUGCCCUCCACCCCCAUGAAAAGCCCUCAGUGCCCUCCACCCCCUAUGCCAGGCCCUCGGUGCCCUCCACACCCCUAUUGCCAAGUCCUCAGUGUAUCAUUCCACCCCCUAUGCCAGGCGAUCAGUGCCCUCCGCACCCCUAUGCCAUCCCUCCAGCACCCUCCACCCCCUAUGCCAGGCCCUCGGUGCCCCCACACCCCUGCCAGGCCUCAGUGCCCUCCAUGCCCUAUGCCAGGCCCUCAGUGCCCUCCACCCCUAUGCCAAGUCCUCAGUGCCCUCCACACCCCUAUAAGGCCCUCAGUGCCCUCCACACCCCUAUGAAGCCCUCAGUGCCCUCCACCCCCUAA